AACAAUAAUAAUAAUCAGAGAGAUGCUAUUGAUAAAAGGCGGGAAAGUAGUUAAUGCCGAUGAAACCUUCCAGGCAGAUGUCUUCAUUGAAGAUGGAGUGAUCAAGGCCAUUGGGCAUGACCUAGUGUGCCCCAGAGAAACGAGGGUAAUUAAUGCAGAUGGUCUUCUGGUUAUGCCAGGCGGCAUAGAUGCACACGUUCACAUGCAAAUGCCCAUCUUCGACUCAGCUACCGUUGAUGACUUUUACACUGGGACAAGGGCCGCCCUAGCCGGAGGCACCACUAUGAUUAUUGACUUCGUGGUUCCAAAAUUGGGAGAAAGUCUUCUGGCCGCCUACGACAGAUGGCGUUCCUGGGCGGACGGAAAAGUUUGCUGCGACUACAGCCUCCAUGUGGCAAUCACGUGGUGGUCGGAUGUCGUCAGGGAAGAGAUGGGCGUUCUAACUAAAGAGAGGGGGGUGAAUUCCUUCAAAACUUUCAUGGCCUACAAAGGGUACUUAAUGCUGAAUGAUCCAGAAUUGUAUGCCGUAUUUUCCAGGUGCAAGGAGCUUGGUGCAUUGGCAAUGGUACAUGCUGAGAAUGGCAACUUCAUUGAAGAGAAAAGUAAGGAACUGCUUGAAAUGGGCAUCGUCGGACCAGAAGGUCAUCUGAUGAGCCGGCCUGAGGAAAUUGAGGGUGAGGCAACGAACAGGGCAGUGACCCUCGGUGGUCUGAUCAACUGCCCAGUGUACAUCGUGCACGUCAUGAGCAGGAGUGCCGCUGACGUCAUCGUUCAGGGGCUCAAGAGAGGUGUUGUGGUUUAUGGCGAGCCAAUAGGGGCCUCUCUAGCUUUAACAGGGCACCAUUGCUACCACGCUGAUUGGCGACAUGCGGCCGCCUACAUCAUGAGCCCUCCCAUCAGAGAGGACCCUUCAACCCCCGCCUAUCUCAUGGAUCUUCUGGCAUGCAACCUGCUACAUACCACCGGUUCCGAUCAUUGUGCAUGCAGCGUCAGCCAGAAAGCUCGAGGGUACAGCAACUUCACCCAGAUGCCCAACGGGGUGACCGGGGUUGAGGAGCGAAUGUCAAUCGUCUGGCAGAAAGGCGUGCGAACAGGAAAACUAACCCCUAAUCGUUUUGUGGAGGUGACAAGCACCACCAACGCAAAAAUAUUCAACGUCUACCCGAGGAAAGGCCGUGUAUCUGUAGGUUCGGAUGCCGACCUAGUUCUCUGGGACCCCAGCAUGGUUCGUGUGCUGUCUGCGAAAACCCACCAAACUAGAGUGGAAAUCAACGUAUUUGAAGGAAUUGAGUGUCACGGCGGGCCCAAGUAUGUCAUCGCCGGCGGAAAAGUUGUCGUUGAUCCAGAGGGUUUGCAUGUGACAGCGGGUGCAGGAAGAUUCGUUCCAAACGACUGUUUCUCUGACUUCGUUUAUAACAGGAUUGAAGAGCGAGAGAAGUUGAAAGUUACGAAAGGUGUAGAAAGAAGUCCGCCACCAAAAACUGCAUGAUUGGAAAUGAAAUAAAAUGAUUAAAUCUGGUUUAAAUAUUUUUUUGGGAUACCGCAAUGUUUAACUUUUUUCCAUUCAAAAACCUGCCUAAAAUGUUUAAAGAAGCUUUAAAAACAUGAUUGUCAGAUUAUGACGUCAGAAAGUUUACUUUUAAAUAAUUUAAAUUUCAUAUUUUGAAAACGGCUUUGGUUUGUUCUUUUCUUUGAAAAUGGAAAAAAUAAAAAUUUUAUUG